GAGGAAAUAUGGAUUUUGACAAUGAAGAUAGGUCAUUAUCUCACGUGAUAUUUGAGGCUGUUUAGAGGAGUUGUUAGAAACACAUCCAUCCACGACCAGCAACUACAUACACUUAACUCUCCUUGCUGUUAACAUAUAUUUCGUGAAGAAAAUGCAGGAAUCACAAGCCAUAAAAAAUGGUCGAACGUAUUUGGAAAAUAGACGACGCAUUAUGUUAGGAAUUAGUCCGGGAAACCCGUUUUUCUAUAAAAUUGAAAAUUUGGUGAGAAUGCUGGAAUUUGCGAGAGAUAAUUCAAAUGACAAGAUCAUGCUUUUUCUCGUGGAUAAAAUAAACGAACAUAACUACAGAGCUGUUAGCAGCAAAAAUCCGGAAAAAUCUGCCAGAGUGAAAGCAAAUCGUCUUCGAAAUAAAUGUGAAGAAGCAAUCCGCUCAUGUGAAAUGCAGGAUGAUUCAGUCGAAUACAUCAACUGGGUUCGUGAUGUCGAGAGUUCAAGCCACUACGUUGAUGCGUUAAAAUACGUGAAGCAUUUGUAUGAAGUUAACGAUCAAUUUCAAAAAGAUGUCAAGGAAUCUACACAACUUGCUCUGGUCUCUAUGAAACAUGGUCGUGAAAGAAGCAUGUCAGAAGGCAGUGAUGCUGCAAUUGAUUUAGAUGAAGGAGUUAAAUACCUGUUAAAGGAGUUAGCGUUUCUAUCAGUCAUUUGUUAUAUCUACGAGGGGUGUGAAGAGUUUGUGUUCGUCUAUCAUCGACCAUGGUCUGUGUUACAAAAGUAUUUUGAUGGUGGAUAUGAUAACAUCUCUAGACCAAGUUUAGGAUUUUAUCUUUUGGAAUAGGCAGUGGCGUAGCCAGCCCGAAAAUUUAGUCAUGCUAUGUUAAUAUUUUGAUGUUCAUUGACUGUGAAACC